AUGAUCGCACAAAACAAUGUACGUAGCACCAACAAUGAUCCCGUAGAAUCGUCGGAAUCGUACCCAAUUACGGGAGGAUCCAAUGGGGCAGGCACGUCUCGAUUGUUUAGACAGUUUGGUAGCUUGUUUUCGUCACCAGCGGCAACGACUGAUCCGGCCGGAUAUGUGGAGUUCGGUAGCAUUUCCGAUCCGUCGUCCAGUUCGGGGCGCACGCUGGGAACGUUUGCUGGCGUGUUUUGUCCCGUCGCACUGUCCAUGUUUAGUGCGCUGGUAUUUAUUAGAGUUGGUUUCAUCGUGGGCAAUGCUGGUCUUUAUGUUACGCUGUUGCAGUUUAUCAUCGCUUACGUCAUUUUGCUUUUUACCGUUUCCUCCGUAUGUGCGAUUUCGACAAACGGCGCCGUUGAGGGUGGUGGUGUGUAUUUUAUGAUAAGCCGAACACUUGGACCAGAAUUUGGCGGCUCUAUUGGAACACUGUUCUUUCUGGCGAACGUAGUAGGUUGUGGAUUGGCCAUAUCUGGAUGUGCGGAAGGGAUUAUACAAAACUUUGGCCCUUCGGAUGGUGCCGGUAGUGGCACCAUUCCUGACGGUCGAUGGUGGCGUUUUUUGUACUGCAGCUCGCUCAACACCCUGAUGUUGAUUGUCGUGUUAAUUGGCGCUGAAAUGUUCGCCAAAACUUCCAUGCUGAUUCUGGGUGUUGUGGUUAUUUGUUUGCUAUCGACAUACGUUAGCUUUCUUACCCAGGGUCCGAUGGAAGUAAACAUACCCCACGAGAAUAAUUUGGUGAAUUUCACUUCGGCCCACUACACUGGUCUGCUGGCGGACACACUGUGGUCCAAUCUACAUUCAAACUAUACGAAAGAUUAUACCUCGAACGGAAACCAGGUUAAUUUUGCUGUCGUAUUCGGUGUGCUGUUCUCGGGCGUUACAGGCAUAAUGGCCGGAGCAAACAUGUCGGGAGAGUUGAAAAAUCCCUCGAAAAGCAUUCCAGCCGGUACGCUGUCCGCGGUGCUAUUUACUUUCCUGUGCUACAUGGCAUUGUCCAUACUGAUAGCGGCCACCACUACGAGCACUUUGUUGCAGAACAAUUUCCUAUUUCUGGGCCCAAUCAAUAUUUGGCCAACGUUUGUAACGAUUGGAAUUUUGACGGCAACGUUUUCCACUGGCCUCAGCAAUCUGAUUGGUGCCAGUCGCGUUAUGGAAGCGCUCGCAAAGGAUCGUGUCUUUGGGCCACUGAUGAGCUUCGUCAUCAAAGGAACGUACAAGAAUAAUCCGAUCGCCGGUGUUAUUGCUAGCUGGAUGCUGGUGGAAACAAUCCUACUGAUCGGUUCGCUUAACACGAUCGCACAGAUCAAUUCAGUGUUGUUUAUGCUUUCCUAUCUGGCGACCAAUUUGGCGUGCUUAGGCAUUGAGAUUACGGGAGCACCCAAUUUCCGUCCGACGUACAAGUAUUUUUCGUGGCAUACCGCAUUAAUCGGUCUGCUCGGAACCGCAAUCAUGAUGUUUGUGAUAAACUCGAUCUAUGCAUUGUCUAGUAUUAUAUUAUGUCUAUUCCUCGUCAUUGCGCUUCACCUAUUUUCCCCGGCAUGUCAAGGUGCACAGUGGGGCUCCAUUUCUCAGGCGCUGAUGUUCCAUCAGGUGCGCAAAUAUCUGCUAAUGUUAGAUUCGAGGAAAGAUCACGUAAAAUUUUGGCGCCCACAAAUGUUACUUCUUGUGGCCAGUCCACGGUCCUGCUGCCCUCUGGUUCAUUUCGUAAACGACAUGAAGAAGGGUGGUACGUAUGUGAUAGGCCACGUGAAGGUAGGCGAAUUUGCGGAUAAUGAUUCGUCGAACGAUCCGACGAUAGAGGAGUACACACAGUGGCUCUCGCUGUUAGAUCAUCUGAAGGUGAAGGCAUUUGUAGAGCUAACGCUAUCGAAAAGUGUGCGGGAAGGUAUACAACAUUUGAUACGAAUCUCCGGCAUGGGAGCAAUGAAACCAAACACUACCAUUCUCGGUUUCUACGAUGAAGAACAGUCGAAAGACUUUUUUGAGUAUGAGGAUUCACCGUACAAAACGAACGAAUUUGAUGGCAAUGGAGUAAAGCUGUUCCCGUAUCGCAAGAGUGGCGAAUCUAAAUCACUCGGAGUGGUCGAAUACGUACGCAUCAUUGACGAUGUGUUAAGGAUGCGGAAAAAUUUGUGCUUAUGUCGUCAUUUUCAUCGACUGGACAAGCAAAUGAUUGCGCGCAAUAAUCACAUCCGCUAUAUAGAUGUAUGGCCAGUGAACAUUUUCGAGCCGAAGAAUGAGGAUCCGUUUGAUGUGGUGUCACAAUUUAUGAUGCAGUUGGCGUGCAUCAUUAAAAUGUUACCUAUCUGGAAGAAGCUCGAGCUGCGUGUGUUCCUAUGCGAAUCGGAAACGGUGUCGGAGAAUAGUGCUGCUUUUGAACGUCCUGCAGAACAUAGGCUUGAUCAACGGUUGAAGCUGUUGAGAAUUUCAGCAUCGAUCCAUAAGAUUCCCGAAUGGAACAAAGACAUUGAUUUUGCGAAACAUCGGAACAUUCUCAAACAGUUUACGGGUAACAGUGAUAGUAACCAAAUGAUGGCAGAAGAAAACAUCAAUCGCUCCAAAUUGUAUAUGCAGAGAAUCAAUCAGAUUAUCCGAGAUCGAUCCAAUGCAACGGCUGUGACAUUCAUGUAUCUUCCAACGCCCCCAGCUACAUCAUCCGUUGACUACAAAGAAAAGUGUCAUCAUUAUCUCGAUCUAUUAACAGAGCUUACGUUCGAUCUUCCACCCACUAUACUGGUGCAUGGUAUUGAUGCAGUGACAUCAACCACUUUGUAG